UUAGACUUUUUAAAAAGAUAUAAUGGCGUUGCUGCAUGUUUUUCUGGUGGAUACUGGUUUAAUGAUGAAAUUAGAUAUGCAGCUUGCUGCUGAAAAUGUAUCUGUACUAAUGGGAUCUAUAUAUGAAAAAACAUUUAUUACGCCGAGCAAUCAAGUCUUAAUUACAGCUAAUGGAGAACCUCUUAAUCCUGAAAAAUGUGUUGCAAGUUAUGUCAGUGUAGGAACAGUAAGAGCUUUUUUUUUUGUGAGAGUCAUCCAAUAUUUUUGUUCAGCAAAUCCAGCAUUCAGUCAGCAAUUCCUCCGUCGCCUAGUAUUAAUUUGGGAUCAGAAAAGUCCUUAAAAGAAGAAGUUGAUGCUUGUGCAAAGAUGCCUCCAAUAUAUGAAACCUUAGUUACAAGGGCAAAACUUGCCUCAGAUUUUCAAAAGUUUGCUUUUGAAUUAUAUGAGAGUUGUGAGAAUUUAGUAAAUGAUCAAAACUUUCAAAGUCUUGGAUGGUCUGCAGUUAUAAUGAACUUGGAUCACAUAACCGAAGCAUUCCAUAGACACUUAAUGUCAUUUGAAGAAUACUAUAAAGGAUUUUUUUCUAUGAAAUCUCAUUAUAGCAAUAUGCUGCUCAGUUUUAGCAAAGUAUUAAUUUGGCUAGAAAAACUGCCCUUGUUACCUUGUCUCACUUCUAAAAGUGAAAAGCGAUCUUUACUUGAAUGGAUAAACACCUACGACCAGCAAUCUUCACUUGAAAAUCUUUUACGACAAUGCCAAGAGUCAAUUAAACAACUAAAUUUUGAAGUUUAUGAAAAAGUUGUAGAUGACGCUCAGCAAAUACUUGAAUCAGCCCAAAAUCCAAACAUGAAAGAAAUAAGAGGGUUGGCUGAUCGCUUAGUUAAUUUGCAGCAACGUUUACAUCUUGCAAAUCAACUCAAGCAAGAUCAAAGUGAUAUGGCUCAGGGUUUUCAGCAAAAUAAAAUGCGAGCAGAGCAUCUGGGAGAUUCUUCUGUAUUACCAGAUUUGUGCUCUAGUCAUCAAAAACAAUUACAUGUCUUAAUAAAAAACCACUGUCAUUUAAGGGAAAUACGUAAUCUAUGUGCACGUGCCAAAGAUGAGCUCUCAGUUAAUUUACACACUAGAUUGAAAUGGGUGAUGACAAUUGAAAAGCAAAUCUGUAGUUUAAACAGCAAAAUUGUCAUAUAUCAUGAUUUUUUGAGAAAGAUUAAAAAAAGAAUGGACAUUUUUGAACAAGUUUACGAUGCACCAAAGUUGUAUGUGCUUUCAGUAAUUGAAGUAGUUAGAAGAAGACAUUUUUCAAAACAGUUUUGUGAGUGGGCAAAGUCAGUAGCUGAGAGUUCUAAAGUAACACGAAAUGAAGAAAUACAAAGGCGACAAGUUUUUCAACAGGUUUUUCGACAACAUUUUGUUCAGAGUUUGAUUCCUGGAUUAGAUAGAUUACCUACUCCCUUUGCUGAAGAUCCUCCUGUAAGUUGUGAUUACGAGCUUCCAGAAAUUCAAGUAGAAGAUAUUCAAUUUAUUCAGCAACAUGUACCAGACCUUGUGUCAGAAAUGAAUAUGUCUGAUAUUAUGCUUACUAGCACACAGGUUCAACAUUGUUUAUCGCAUGACAAUCUUCAAAAGCUGGCCCAGGAAAUACCCGAUGUAUAUUUCAAUGAAACGCAAUUUGAUCAAAAGUUAACCAUGAGUGCAUUGAAGCGUGAGAUAUCAGCUGUUAACGAAGAAUUUCCAUUUUAUGAAGAUCCUCCUUUUCGUGAAUCAACUGUAAAUACUGAUGACGAAAGUUCAGAUUUUGAUCCAGUUUCACUAUGCUCUUUAGCUGAUGACAAAUCAGAUGAUAGUGAUGCUUUAUUUCAAUCGGCUGAAAUGGAUUUGUCAGAUAAUACAACUCCAGUUAUAUCUCCCGUUUUAGGAAAAUCCAGUUCAGUGCCAAUAGAUAUAAAACUAUCUUCCAAAUCAACUCAUGAUGAGUUAGACUUUAUCUCAGAUUCACCAUUAUCAAAAAAUAUUUUUUCUUCUAACAAUGUUUCUUCAUCUUCAUCUCCUCUAAUAAAAUCAUUUAAAAACUUAAAAAAUAGUUCUAACAACAGUCUCUCACUGGCUAAAGCUCUAAAAUGUACCCAAGUAACAAAUACUCAAUCAACAAGUUUGUUCCUUAAUGCUCUCAAAGAGGUUUUGUUACUUAAAUCCAACCUUUGUAAUGCUCAAACAGAUUUUCAAAUUAUGUAUCAAGACACUAACAAGGACUUGUCCAAUUUUAAAGAACAGUUUCUUGCAAUUUGUGACACUGUUUUACGCGCAAAAUGUGAAAAUUGCUUACUUUUAAAACAAGAUAUUGACAAACUCAUCGAUGAAAACAAUCAAUUCAAAAAAAACUAUGAUAAAUUAAGUUUAGAAAGUACUAAUGAACUUCUAAAAGCAAAAGUUAAAGCUAGUGAUUUAAUUAAUAAACUUGAGAUUGAGGUAAAAAAUUCUAAUACAUGCAUUCAGGAUUUACAAAUUCAAGUGGAAAAUUUAAACAAAAAUCUAGAUUAUUUGUACAGCCAAGAACAAAAGUAUUGCAACGAAAAGUUGCAAGUAUGUAGUGAACUUGAUAAGUGUAAAUUAGAACUCUCAACUAAGUCUAUAGAGUAUGAGAGUCAGAUAACUGUAGUAAGGAAUGAUAUAUCUAACCUUCAAAAUAAACUUCAGACUCAAGAAAAUAGUUUCUUGCAGGAGCAAGCAAUUCUGCAUUCUAAAAUUCAAAGUAAAGAUAUAGAAAUGCAAAAACUAAAUGAAAUAAUAUUUUCUCUUUCUGAGAAAAUAAAAGAAAAUGAAGAUAGUUACAAUUCAUCUAUAAAUAAUUAUAAAUGUCAAAUUGAUACAAUUACAGCUGAACACAAUAAAUCGCUUAAUGAAAUUGCACAGCUCACUAAUCAGCUUAAAGAUUGCCAAAGUAAGCUAGUUUCAACACAAGGUUUGUUAGCAACUGCACAAAGUACCUUAACAACUACUCAGCAAACAAAUGAGUCUAACCUAGAACAUAUUUCAGUACUCAAUUUACAAAUUAAAAAACUGAAACAGCUGCUAAAUGAAAAACACGAAGAGAUUUCACAAGCUAAAAAUCAUCUGGAAUUUCAAAAGCAGUUAAGUUUCAACCAAGUAGUCAAUAAAAUUAAAAAAGAUAAAGACAUUCAAAUUCAAGAUGCUCAAGCUAGGUGUACACAGUUUGAAAAAGAAAUAGUUUUGUUGAAAUUAAAAAUUGACAACUUGAACCAAGAAAUAACUACUCACAAAGAUGGUUUUAGUUUAUAUGAGGAUGAUGUUAAAAAGAUGAAGCAAACCAUGAUGGCAGACAUAAAAAACUUAAAAGAGGAAGUAAAUGAGUUAAAAAAUUCCAAUAAAUCAUUAAAGCAUGAAAACGAGCAACUUUCAUGUGAUAAUAAAAAAAUUUCAGCAGAAGUAAUUAGAAUGAGUGAAGAAAACACUCGUUUAACUGCUUCUGUAGAUGAAAUUGCACAAGAAAAGUUGCGUGUCCUACAAGAGUUAAAAGUCCAGUACAAUGAAGCGUUAGAAAAAGAAAAAAAAAGCAUUUUACUUAAUUUUGAGUUAGAAAAAGAAUCCAUAAUGGAGAAAUGUGGAAGAUCUGAGCAUAUGAUAAGAGAAAGCAGCUCAUUAGAGGAAGGAAUUGAUGAAUUAGAAGUAGACAGACUUGUUGAGAAAGUCAAAAUUUUAGAAGAAGAAAAUAAAAAGCUAAAGAAUUCAAUUGAUAAUGAAAAGAAUAUAAAAAAUAAGUUGGUCUUAGAGUCAUUGUGGAAAGAAAAAAUAACCUGGAAGAAAAUAUCGAUUGGAGAUGCCAUCAUAGUGGCUUAUGAUGAAUCAAUUAAACAAUAUGUUGCUUUAUCUGAUCAGACUUGUUUUGUGCAUCCCGAAAGUUUAAAGCAAAUAUUUAAUGCAUCUUCACAAAAGCAGUUUCCCUAUGAUGAGACCGAACUGCUUUCAAAAUCGACAAAAAGUGGAUUUGUCUCUUAUUAUAAAGAAGCCUAUAUAUGCUGGAUGUUGGUUUACGUGACUAACACUGAACUCUGUUUGGCUAAAAAGUCUGGAAAUAAAUUUAAUUUGCCAGUGGACACUAUGUUUUUGCGAAUUCAUGUCAUGUUGUAUACAGAUCCGAAGUAGCUAUUUUUAACCGUUUUUUUAUUAUCCAUUAUUUUCGUCAUGGAAAUAAAGAUUUCUUCCCAAGUUUGACAAAAACCUAAUGAUUUGCAUUAAUGGAUCAACUAUUUUCGUUAUUGCAUGAAUGUCUUUUAAAAUCAGUUUUUUUUCGACAUUGUUUUUUAAAAAGAUAAUUUUAAAUAAAUUUUUUUUGUUUCAUAAUAAUUUAUGCAUGUAUUUUUUUAACAUAACUAUACAAAUAAUACAUUUAUAACUAAAACUUAUGCAUUAAAUAAAAUCUUGUUUCUUUUUUUACUGCUGACUCUUACUUAACAUUUUUUCCCCGGCUCUUUCAAUAUUCAUCUGCUCCCUCAGAGUUUUUUUCUAAGUUUGACCGUUUCGGCACAAAUCAUCAUUAUUACAUUUUUUUUUCUCUUGUUUAUCAAUGCCAGAUGGUUUGGUCUUUACUUAUAAAGUGUGUAAUCCUGCAGUUUAGCGGCCUAAGUGUUUAACUUAGUGUUUAAUAUCUUCAAAUAAUUAUUAUAAAUAUUAUUAUUGUAAAAUAUUUUUUUUAUUAAAAAUAAUAACUAUCAUUGUUAUAAAUGUAUAAAUUAUAAUUAAUAAUUAUUAUUUUUUA